AUGGUGAAAGCCUCUCCCCUACGCACACCUCCCCUCAAACAGACCAGGAUCCGCUCCCCUACGCACACCUCCCCUCAAACAGACCAGGAUCCUCUCUCCUACGCACACCUCCCCUCAAACAGACCAAGAUCCGCUCCCCUACGCACACCUCCCCUCAAACAGACCAGGAUCUGCUCCCCUACGCACACCUCCCCUCAAACAGACCAGGAUCCGCUCCCCUACGCACACCUCCCCUCAAACAGACCAAGAUCCGCUCCCCUACGCACACAUCCCCUCAAACAGACCAGGAUCCGCUCCCCUACGCCACCUCCCCUCAAACAGACCAAGAUCCGCUCCCCACGCCACCUCCCCUCAAACAGACCAGGAUCCACUCCCCCACGCACACCUCCCCUCAAACAGACCAGGAUCCACUCCCCCACGCACACCUCCCCUCAAACAGACCAGGAUCCACUCCCCCACGCACACCUCCCCUCAAACAGACCAGGAUCCUCUCCCCUACGCACACCUCCCCUCAAACAGACCAAGAUCCGCUCCCCCACGCCACCUCCCCUCAAACAGACCAGGAUCCACUCCCCCACGCACACCUCCCCUCAAACAGACCAGGAUCCACUCCCCCACGCACACCUCCCCUCAAACAGACCAAGAUCCACAAAAUGGCCCUGA